UCAAACAAACAGUGGAACGGAACCGAAGCCGGUGCGGGGAGUUUAGUUGCCGGCAUUACAUCGGAAUCUCAAAAGCAUAAGCAGCGGGUUACUACUUCCUAUUAAGUGUAGAUGGCGGUCUUUCUAGGAAUUGUUUGUCCUCCUCCCUAUACACUUCUCUCUAUCGCCCGUUCCACCCGCCAAUUUUCCUUCACCAAUAACAAGUCAAUCUUAAUAUCAAAGCAAGGGGUUUCUCAAUUCAAACGCGUCCUCACAGCUUCUCUUCACUCUAGUACUGCAAGUUCUCAAACUGGAACUGAGGUAUCUACACACAAAUCUGAAAUAAUAUUUAUAGGAACAGGAACAAGUGAAGGAAUUCCACGUGUGAGCUGCCUCACUAAUCCCUUGAAGACAUGCCCUGUGUGCGCAAAAGCUAAUGAACCGGGUAACAGAAAUAGGAGACUGAACACCGGCAUCCUUAUUCGUCACACCAGGCCCUCUGGAAACUGUAACAUCCUUAUCGAUGUUGGCAAGUUCUUCUACCAUAGUGCUCUGAGAUGGUUUCCUGCAUAUGGGUAAGUCUCUUGCACUUGGCCUCAUCUAUUACUUUGUGAAUGUAUGUGAUGACUGAUAUUAUCUGUGUUAAGUGGAUAAACUUCAUCAGCUACUAGUAUGAAACAGCAAAAGAAUCUUUUUGCAUAAAGGGUUAAGGCUACAUGCGUCAACCUCCUAGAUUCCAGUCUUGGGUGACUCAUUCUUCUGCUUUUUGUUAGGAGUACUUCAUUUUGGACCUUGUUGGGAAAGUAGAUAGGUAGGAUCUUUAUAGCAAAAGCUUCACCCUUAGAACCGACACAUGUUAUAGAUA